AAAGUGGAAAACACUGAGGAUAAUAUGCCAACUGUGUGGUUCUCUUUGAAAAAGUCUCUACACUGCAAAUCAGAGCCAUCAGAUGUUCAUGACCCAAAAUCAAGGAAGCACUUGAGCACAAUCUUGACUAAAAGGGAAGGGACAGGUAGGUCAGGUUGUUCCAGGUCCAUAGCAAAUCUCAAAGAUGUUAUCCAUGGAAGCAAGAGGCAUCUAGAGAAGCCACCAAGUUGUAGUCCAAGAUCCAUAGGGAGCAGUGAGUUCCUCAACCCAAUAACACAUGAAGUGAUUUUGAGUAACUCAAGGUGUGAGCUGAAAAUCACUGGCUAUGGAGGAUUUCAAGAAGGGGUUGGCAGUGAUGGUGGAGGUGGUAAUAAUGGUGGUGCUAAUUCAACCUUUGUUGGCACUUUAAGGCCUGGGACUCCUGGCCCUGGAGGGCACCCUACAAUGCACUACUUCAACCCUUCUUUUAGGACUUCAUCCACUCCUCCAAGGAAAUCUCCUUUCCUUCUAUCAGAUAAAGAAGGGUCUGGCCUGCAUGGUGUUGGACUUCAUUCAGGAAGUAGGUUGUUUCUUGAGACAGAUUCUAAUGGUUCUUCUACUGUGACUUGCCACAAAUGUGGUGAGCAAUUUAACAAAUGGGAUGCUGCUGAAGCUCAUCAUCUUUCCAAACAUGCUGUUACUGAACUUGUGGAAGGUGAUUCAUCAAGAAAAAUAGUGGAGAUAAUAUGCAGGACGAGCUGGUUAAAGUCUGAAAACCAAUGUGGUCGAAUUGAGAGAGUUUUGAAAGUCCAUAACAUGCAAAAGACUUUGGCUCGGUUUGAAGAGUACAGAGAGAUGGUGAAAAUCAAAGCCAGCAAACUCCCCAAGAAGCAUCCUCGAUGUCUUGCUGAUGGGAAUGAGCUAUUGAGGUUCUAUGGAACCACUGUUGCUUGUUCUCUUGGUCACAAUGGCUCUUCUAGUCUUUGCCUAUCUGAAAAAUGCUGUGUUUGUAGAAUUAUUAGAAAUGGUUUUUCUGCCAAGAAUGAGCUCAAGGGUGGAAUAGGAGUUUUCACUACUUCCACAAGUGGAAGGGCUUUUGAAUCUAUUGAGGUUUUUGACCAUGACCCAUCACUAAGAAAAGCAUUGAUAGUGUGCAGAGUAAUUGCUGGCAGGGUCCAUAGACCUCUUGAGAACAUUCAGGAAAUGGCAGGUCAAACAGGGUUUGAUUCAUUGGCUGGGAAAGUUGGUCUUUAUUCAAAUAUUGAGGAGCUUUAUUUGCUCAAUCCUAGAGCUCUUCUUCCUUGCUUUGUGGUAAUUUGUAAACCCUGA